AUGAUCCCUUUUGCAGAUUGUGUAAAAAUCAAGAAGAAACAGAGGAACACAUACUCCUUCACUGUCCAAGAUUCAAUUCAAAAAGAACGAUUUGCCAAAAUUGAGGGUCAUCGUGUUUUAAUUAGAAAGGCACAGGCAAAACCCGGCCUGUUAAACACAGAAAGAUUGAGGGUCAUAGUGUUUGAAAUUGAGAAAAGGUCACCUAGGUCACUCCGGCGAGUGCCCACGGGGAGUGAGAGUAAAACUUCGCUGUUAUUACUCAAGGUGAUGAUGAGUUUCCUCGGUGACGGCAUGCCUUCGGCCCCAUUCACGGGUAAAGAAAUAGUCGGCACGGGAGUCAGCGUCAAAGAAGAGCUCAGCGAAGAUGUCACCGAAGAUACAUGCCUAGAAAUAAAGGAGGAACCACUUGAUUAUGGAGAUGAAGUGAGAAAUGAAGUGUGUAACCUGAAUGUAAUACGUGAAAAUCUUUUCCUUCAUAAUCCUCUUGAUCUGAGACAUGAAUCAUAUGCAAAAGACUCAUGUAACUUGGUUCAGGAUUGUAAUGACAUGUCAAAAGUACCAUUUACGGCUAAGGACUGUGGGAAGACGUGUUCAUCAAAUGGGGUUCGAGUGAUGUACGAGAAAAGACUGAAGGAGGAAACACAACUAAUAGUUGAACCCACAAGUAAAUGUUUUGCAUGUGAGGUGUGUGGCAAGGAAGUGUCUCAAAAGAGUCACAUCAACUUUCACAUGGGAGUCCACAAAAAGGAAAAGCCAUACAACUGCGAGACUUGCAAUAAGACAUUCCCAUCCAAAAGCGAUCUAGAAAAGCAUGUUGAUGUAAAUACAGAGGGAAAGCCAUACAACUGUGAGAUUUGCAACAAGGCCUUCCCAUAUAAAUCUAGUUUUUUGAAUCAUAUGAUAAUGCAUACAGAUGAGAAACCAUACAGCUAUGAACUUUACAACAAGUCCAUCUCACAGAAGCAUAAUCUGGUGAAGAACAUGAGAGUGCAUACAAAGAAGAAAACAUAUAGCUGUGACACUUGCAGUAAGAAAUUUUCUGAGAGAAGUUAUCUUGUAAAGCACAUUAGAAUACAUACAAAAGAGAAGCCAUACAUCUGUGAAAUUUGCAACAAUACCUUCUCAUUGAAAAGAUAUCUGGUGAGGCACAUGAGAACACAUACAAAGGAGAAGCCAUACAAUUGUGAAAUUUGUAACAAAGACUUUUCAAGCAAAUCUAAAGUAGCAAUUCAUAUGAGAAUACAUGCAACAGAGAAGCCAUACAAAUGUGAGAUUUGUAACAAGAACUUUUCGCAUAGAGCUAAUCUAGCGCGUCAUAGGAGAUUACACACAGAGGAGAAGCGAUACAGCUGUGAGAUUUGUAACAAGACCUUCUCAUAUAAAAAUAGUCUAGAGAUUCAUAUGAGAAUGCAUAGAAAGGAGACAUACAACUGUGAAAUUUGCAAUAAGGCCUUUUAUGUGAAAAGAUAUUUAGCAGGGCAUAUGAGAGUACAUACAAGAGAGAAACCAUACAGCUGUGAGAUUUGCAAUAAAGAAUUCUCAAAAAAAUAUAACCUAGUAAUCCACAUGAGAGUGCACACAAAAGAGAAGCCAUACAGCUGCAACAUUUGCAAUAAAGCCUUCUCAUUAAGAAGUAUUCAAGUAAACCACAUGAGAGUUCAUACACAGGAGAAACCAUAUAACUGUGAGAUUUGCAAUAAGGCUUUCUAUGUGAAAAGUCAUGUAGUAAGGCAUAUGAGAGUGCAUACAAAAGAGAAAUCAUACAGCUGUGAGAUUUGCAAUAAAGAAUUCUCAGAAAAAUAUACUCUAGUAAUCCACAUGAGAAUACACACAAAAGAGAUGCCAUACAGUUGCGACAUUUGCAAUAAAGCCUUCUCAUCAAAAAGUAGUCAAGUAAACCACAUGAGAGUUCAUACACAGGAGAAACCAUAUAACUGUGGGAUUUGCAAUAAGGCCUUCUCACAGAAAGCUAGUCUAACUUUUUAUCCACUUGCACGUAUGCCUGCUGUCACUGACCAAGGAUAUAAGCAAAGUGCAUUAAAUGCCAUUGUUGCAUCCUUCGCUCACAUAUGGUGCGAUUCAAACCCCCAUUUACCAGUGGAAAUGAUUCUAGAGCCCCAUUCAGUCAAUAGCAGCACACCUGGAAGGACUCGUCUCGCUUCUCCCUGCGGUGAAUCAACCUUUACACGGCUGAUUCAGAGCGAAGGGAGGAACGCACCGGUAAAGGCGUUGCGCCAAGCCAGUUAA